GCGAGCUUUGCCCCGGGAGCGAGCCGCAGGCGCCGGGCAUCAAAAGUCGGGGUCUGGGUUUCCGGCCGGAGCACUGCUCCCGCGCUCCCGGAAGCUGCGCUCGCUGCCCGGGUAACGGGCCGCGGCGGUGUGGGAGGCGGCGGCGCUAUGGACCUGGAGGACGUGGAAGAGUUCAGAGAACGCUGCACUCAGUGUGCUGCUGUCUCUUGGGGUCUUACUGAUGAAGGCAAAUAUUACUGCACUUGUUGCCACAACGUUACAGAGAGAUCCAAGGAAGUUAUAAGCACUGAGGCUAUUCCAAAUACUAAAAUACAAGCCAUCAACCGGGGACUUAAAAGAAAAAGAAAACUUGAGAAAGGCUGGGAUUGGUAUGUGUGCGAAGGUUUUCAGCACGUACUUUACCAACAAGCAGAAGCCUUGAAGACCCUUGGAGUAGGCCCAGAAUUAAAGAAUGAAGUUUUACAUAAUUUUUGGAAGCGCUACCUUCAGAAGAGCAAGCAGGCAUAUUGUAAAAACCCAGUUUAUACCAGCAGAAGGAAAGCCACGGUAUUGGAAGAAAAUCCAAGUCAUUCAGACUGGGAUAGUGAACCCGAGCUGCUAAGUGACUUUAGCUGUCCUUCUUUUGUUGAAAGUGGAGCAGAGUCUCAGCCUGAUGUCCACAUGCGAAAGCCUUUCCCCAUCAACAAAGCAUCACAAUCGGAGACGGCAUCCGUCUGUUCUGGCUCUCUCGAUGGAGUCGAAUAUUCACUACGAAACCGGAAAGGGGUUGUGAAGAUGACCAUGCCAAGGACACUCGCUUUCUGCUCUCUGUCAUUGCUUUGGCGAAGAGAGACGAUUACUCUUUCCGAUCUUCUGAGAUUUGUUGAAGAGGACCAUAUUCCUUACAUAAAUGCUUUUCAGCAUUUUCCAGAGGAGAUGAAAUUAUAUGGGCGUGACAAAGGAAUCUUUGCUAUAGAGUCUUGGCCUGACUACGAGGAUAUCUAUAAAAAAAUGAUUGAAGUUGCCACAUUUUUAGAUUUGCCUCGUUUCCCAGAUAUAACUGAAGACUGCUAUCUUCAUCCAGACAUCUUGUGUAUGAAAUACUUGAUGGAAGUCAAUCUCCCCGAUGAAAUGCACAGUUUCACCUGCCAGGUGGUAAAAAUGGCAGGAAUCGGAGAAGUAGAUUUUCUGACAUUUGAUCCUGUAGCUAAAAUGGCAAAAACUGUUAAAUAUGACGUACAAGCUGUAGCUGUCAUCGUAGUAGUAUUGAAACUGCUCUUUUUACUGGAUGACAAUUUAGAAUGGUCUCUGUCCACUAUUGCUGAGAAACAUAAUGAAGAGAACAAAGAAGAUAAGCCAUGGUUCGAUUUCAGAAAAUGGUAUCAAGUUAUGAAGAAAUCUUUCGAUGAGAAAAAACAAAAAUGGGAGGAAGCCAGGGCAAAGUUCGUGUGGAAGAGCGAAAAGCCACUCUACCACUCCUCCAUCGACAGGUCAGUGGCGUACAAAAGAAGAGAAAUGGUGGUAAAUCUACAAAAACAAUUUAGCACGCUAAUUGAUUCAACACCAACUGUUGAAAAAAAAAACCCCUCAAGUUUUCAGUUCAACUGGACUGAAGAAGACACAGAUAGAACUUGUUUCCAUGGACACAGCCUCCAGGGAAUCCUGACGAAGAAAGGCCAGUCACUGACUACCAAGAAUUCACUAUAUUGGCUUAGUACACAGAAAUUCUGUAAAAGCUACUGUAAACAUGUGACAACCUAUGAAGAAUCAAAUUUUUCUCUGAGUUAUCAGUUUAUACUAAAUCUCUUCUCCUUCCUGCUAAGAAUAAAGACCUCCUUUCUCCAUGAAGAAGUGAGCUUAAUUGAAAAGAGACUUUUUAAAACAAAAUACAGUAAAACAAAAAAGAAAUCUUCAAGAUCCAGGAAAGUAAGAAAAUGAGAAAAGUAAAACAGAAGCUUUCUUGAGAAAAUAUUUUAAUAGUGACAGUAAUGUCAAAUUGUAAUACAAUAUUCCAGAGAAUUGUGGAAAAUAGGAUUUUUUGCAUAUAUAUCCAUCCAUACAUAGGCAUUCGUACAUAUAUUCCGUGUAUGUAUCAAUGUGCUUAUAGAUAUGUAUAUUUAAAAACUGAGCUUUGAAUUUA